AAGCUCGCGCUUCUAAGGCCCCCAGCGGCCCGGCGACCUGUUCUUUUCCGCUGGGGAGGCGCACGAGGAUCUGCCCAUGGAUCGGGCGGCCGUGGCGAAGAUGGGCGCGGUAGCGAGCGCCAGCGUGUGUGCCCUGGUGGCGGGAGUGGUGCUGGCCCAGUACAUAUUCACCUUGAAGAGGAAGACGGGGCGGAAGACCAAGAUCAUCGAGAUGAUGCCAGAAUUCCAGAAGAGUUCGGUUCGCAUCAAGAACCCCACAAGAGUAGAAGAAAUCAUCUGUGGUCUCAUCAAGGGGGGAGCUGUCAAACUUCAGAUAAUAACAGACUUUGAUAUGACACUGAGUAGAUUUUCCUACAAAGGAAAAAGAUGUCCAACAUGUCAUAAUGUUAUUGACAACUGUAAGCUGGUUUCAGAUGAAUGUCGAAAAAAGUUACUGGAACUAAAGGAAAAAUUUUAUGCUAUUGAAACUGACCCUCUUCUUACGGUAGAACAGAAGAACCCUUAUAUGGUAGAAUGGUACACUAAAUCACAUCGCCUGCUUGUUGAACAGGGUAUACCGAGAGCUAAACUUAAAGAAAUUGUGGCAGAAUCUGACAUUAUGCUCAAUCAGACCGUACUUCCGCCUUGCAGGGAAGGAUACGAGAAUUUCUUCGAUAAGCUCCAACAACACAGUAUCCCCGUGUUCAUAUUCUCGGCUGGCAUCGGAGAUGUACUGGAGGAGAUUAUCCGUCAAGCUGGCGUUUAUCAUUCCAACGUCAAAGUAGUGUCCAACUUCAUGGAUUUUGAUGACAAUGGAGUGCUCAAAGGAUUUAAGGGAGAUCUGAUUCAUGUGUUUAACAAACACGAUGGUGCCUUGAAGAACACAGAUUAUUUCAAUGAACUGAAAGACAACAGCAACAUAAUUCUGCUGGGAGACUCCCAAGGAGACUUAAGAAUGGCAGAUGGAGUAGCUAAUGUUGAACACAUUCUGAAAAUUGGAUAUCUAAAUGAUAAAGUGGAUGAGCUUUUAGACAAGUACAUGGACUCUUAUGAUAUUGUUCUAGUCAAAGAAGAAUCCUUGGAGGUAGCCAACUCUAUCUUACAGAAGAUCCUGUAUAAGUGAGCAUUCUUCAAGGGGACGCCUGUCCUGUGGGUGCAACGGAUGCAGGAACCGCUCGUGUGUUCAGCGUGUGAAAGACUUUUAUUUAUAACAUAUCCUUGCUCAGACAUGCUGAAUCCAUCAACCGGAACCUCCCUGUUUUCUGCCUCUCUCGACACACUCCUCACCAUAUUUUUUAACAUUAAAAAAAAAAAUCUUAAAGUCAAAAUUUGAAAAAACUGCCUACAUUUCCAGAGUGAAUUUUGCAAUUUAUUGUUAAGAAGUUUUUGAGGAGUCUUUUUACGUGUGUGUGAUUUUAAGUAUUGACAUUUUUGUGAUUUGAGUGAAUUAUGCUGAUGGUAUCACCAUCUCCUAAAAUUGUGUUUGUUAAGGUUUUUGGGGGAAGUUGAAACUUACAAGAACAUACUAGCACAUGGUGUUGGAAAAACUUGGUAUCCACAUGUCACUAAUCAUUAUAAAAUGUUCUGUAUUGAUGCACUGAUAAUAAACAUGAAAUGAAAAGUCUUUUUAAUUCUA